AUGAAGACUACGAUUCUGCUGUUUUGUCUUCUAGGAUCGACUCGGUCGUUGCCCAAGCAGCUUAGCCCUGCUUUGGGACUUCCUCCAACAAAACCGACUCCAGAUCAGGUGACACUACUAACCCAACAGCAACAAAAUCAGGUUUUUCCUUCCAUAAAUCUAAUACCAUUAACACAGAUGCUUGCUCUGGGAUCAGACCUGCAACUGUUCCACCCUGCCGCUGUAGCCCACGGUGCACAGACUCUGCCUUUCACGCUGGGGCCGCUGAAUGGACAGCCUCAGCCGCAACCCCAGAUGUUACCCAUUAUUGUGGCACAGCUUGGAACUCAGGGUGCUCUCCUGAGCUCAGAGGAACUGCCACUGGCCUCACAAAUCAUCACAGGCCUCCUUAUCCACCCCUUGUUCCCGGGGGGCAUUCCCCCCUCCAUUCAGGCAGGGGCUAAAGCAGGCGCGCAGAAAGGAGCCCUUCCUGCAGGACAGGCAGGAGCAAGCCCUGCCAACCUGGGAACCACCCCGGGCCACGUCACCACUCCCGGGGUCACAGAUGACGAUGACUAUGAAAUGAGCACCCCUGCAGGCAUGCGAAGGGCCACACAAACCACGGAGGGAACCACUAUUGACCCACCGAAUCUUCAUAACCCCAAGGCUCGUCACCAUCAGGAGCCUUUAUCCUGCCCUCUUGCCCUCAUGAUCACAUACAGUCAGAUAAAAGGCAUCAAGUGCACAGCCAGGCAGGAGACACCUAGAGGCUCACCAACUUACAUGGGGCACCAGUAUGAUGAGCAAGUAUGUGGUGGAGAGAUGAGAGAGAAAGGGAAGCGGAAAGAUGUGUGCGCUAUGAAGAGAGGUGGGGAACAGCCCGAUGUGCUGCCAGCUGAGGCCAUGGUGACAUCCCAGUGCGGCCGCAGAGGACCAUGUUUGGGUCCACAGCACUGA